AGUUUCAGUAUCUCUGCAACUCUCCUCAACGUUCCAAGUGAGUGGCUUUCUCCCAUCUGGAAAAACUGGGGAAAUCACAACAUCCAGAGCAUCAUUACUUUUGACUUUUGGGUCCAUUCUCUCACACAUUUACUGCUGCUUUCCGUCGUGAAACUGUUCCUCUUCUCUCUCCUUCGUCUUAUCAAAUACUGCUACCUCCACCAGCCCAGAAUCUCGUGUUCUCUAAUAGAUCGAAGGAAUCAAAGGGUUUCAAAAUAAAUUAAAGAUAAAGAUCCAACGUUGAUUUUUUGUGCAAUUUGUUUGUACACGAGGAAUUUAUUCUUGAUGGAACCGGAGAAAGAGUUUCUUCAGUUGUCUGCACACUACAAGGAUUCUGACUUUUUCGGAAAGCAUCCUCAAGACUUUAUAGUUAUUUCUUGUGUACAGGAUCCGAAAGGAAGAACCAAAGACAAGGAAAGUCAAUGACUGGGCCAAUUUAAUUAGUUGAUUUAAUAUAAAAGCAAAUUCUCUCUCUUCUGCGCCAUCGGUUGAGUAAGAGUGGCAGAUAUAUUGGAGAAUCUUUUGAUGAACAGAAGUGUCGUUUUCUACCAGUCAGUACUUGUGUAUUUAGUAAGAACAAUGGCAAUAAUUUGUUCAGAUGAGAGACGCUGGAACAUAAUUAACUUCGUUUAUUACAAUUAAUGUCAGGACAAAUCAAACGUCAACGUGUCACGAAAUAAUGUGAAGGUUGUUCAAUACUGCGUUGUAUUUUGCAGAGAUUGUACAGUGAACUAAUUAAAUUCAUCAUUAUUGCGUUAGGAACAAAAUUGAAACGGGGGCUUCUGCAUUCUACUUGCUACCAAUGUUUACUCCGCUAUUCGAAUAAGGGUUCCAAAUUUAAUUUUGCAUGACAUAGAAGAAGUUCAUUGUACAGCACAAGCAUUUAGAUUAUCUUUCGUUGAAAUUGCAAGAGAGAAAGACGAAACAUACAAUUGAAAUAUUCUUUUGAAACUAAAGAUAAAUGAGUGAAACUUGAGAGUGAAACGUUCUACAUAAUACAAAACUUUUGACGGCAUAGAGGCUGGCGUGUGAAAAAAGAGACUUUUAGUGAUAGUGGUACGCGAACAUUUUAGUUUAUGCACUCUGUUGUGUACCAUGGUGUUAAAAUACAUACGUACAAUAUUAGACGCUAUGAUAUACACUAUAGAAUAUCUCAAAUUUCAGUUGCAGGGUUAACAUAAUAUCCAAAUAAUUUACUUACUUAAUACCUACAACGGUGAUUGAAUUGGGUCGCAUGUCAAUUACAAGAGAAUAACAACUAAAUUUCAUUUGCAUCUACUUUGGGUUCAAGGACCGAACAUGGCGGUGGAAUAUUCGAUUUUAAUUUCGUCAUUUAUUUUGAUAUUUGGAAACGUUGGAUUUACUGCAGUACGAGGGCAAAUAUCAUGGACUCCGAUUUAUGUUGACACGUCAAAUCGACUAGAUUUGUGGACUGUGGAAUCUGUGGGAUGUAUUUGCCCAGAUGGAAAAUCAACGAAUUGUGCAUGUUGUGUCAAACCUGGAGGUUGUCUGUGUACGUCAAACCUCAACAAAUGCGCCCAAUGUGGCCUAGAGGAUUCUUGCCAAAGAACGUGUAACGUGACCAUAUCUGCAAGGACGGUAGCAACGCGCUCAGGUCUAUCGUGGAUUCACCUUCAAUCCCCAGAACUCGAAGGCCCCACGUCCUGUUUCUGGAAAUUACAUAGCGCUCCAGGACAGAGGAUUGAAGUUCAGAUUCAUCGGAUGGUUUCUGUCGGCAGUUUCGACAACUCUUCUCAAACAUGCAAGGAGGGGUGGCUACAGUUUGCUGAUGGAGAUAUAUCAAUCCCAUCCCAACAGGCAAUUCAACUUUGUGGGCAAAACAGCAGAUUUUCUCCACCCGUAGUGCUCUUUGGAGACCAAGGAAUGGCAACUUUGUUCCUCAGAAUCGAAGGAAAGUCAACCCGAUCCCAAGUUCUGGCUUACGUGUCGUUCUCAUCCAUAGAUGACCCCACAGUUGGGGACCCCAGCAGAGGUGGGAAAUUGCGACCGCAUUCAGUGUGUGACUGGACUUAUGACAAUUGCUGGGCUGAAUCGCAAACAAAUUGCAUUAUAUCUUCGCCUGGAUAUCCCGGAUUGUUUCCGCCGCAUAGACGUUGCCGUUACUUUCUCACUGCCACUGGCAAUUCCACCAGCAAAAUUCUCAUACGGUUUCAGUCAUUAAGCAUUCCACCACCACCACUGUGUUCGAGCCACCACAUUGCAGUCUGGCGUAAGAACGUGUCCAACUCAUACUUGGGUCCCCCAUGGAAGGUCCUAUGUCAGCAGUCCGAGUCGACAGUUGUAGUCGACGAUGGCCAAGCCCUUAUUGAAUUUAGAUCAGGAUCCAACACCUCCCCAUAUCUCUACACUGGAUUCCGUGCAUCUGUUGAAUUUCUGCAUUCCACUGCCGUCGUGGUUCCCACAGCCUUCUCUCCAAAACGAACCAUUCUCGCAGUGGAACCAUCUCGUCAUCAGGAUGUGGAAGUGGUGGUCGGAAAAAAAUCACCCCCAGCGUCUGGUUCAGCUAAGAGUAGAUCGAACCAAAAGAAGCACGGCGAAAAGCCAUCAGAGGAACCCGCGAGACCAAUAAGCAGCACUGAUGAGCCAAAAAGUCCCUUAAAACGUCAAGUAGUAACUUGCGAUCAUGUAUUUGAUGGGAAUGUAGUGCGGGAUGAAAGUUUUCGACUUAAAAUUCCAACAAAGGACAUGUCAUCCGCUGGGAAUAAGAAAAACUCCAAAGGCAAUGCAGGAGAAUCGGUACACGGCAAUUGGAAUUCAAAGCCAUCAGGACAAUUUCACUGUCUUCUACAGUUCGCUGGAAAGGAAACUGAUGUCGUUCAACUGGCCUUAUCUAAUUAUAAAUUACGGGGAUCAAAUUGCUCUUCGCAAAUACAAGUAUACGAUAUGCUUGAGGACGGCUGGGCUCCAAAUAAAACCACCUCUGAUGGACUUUCAAACAAGACUCUAUUGAAGCUAUGUGGUCCCAUUAGCAAUGAAGUUCAGUCAAGAUUUACAUCCUCUCGCAAAAGAAUGGUCAUUUCUGUUGUGAUGUCGUCAAAAGACAGUCCAGUAGCAUCUGAAGUUCUCGAGGGAGCUUUCCGCUUUCAUGACGAGUCGGCCGGGGGGACACUGAAAUCUCAGUCUACGUGUGAUGUGGUGGUGUCACAAAGCUCGCACCCUUCAGCAGGUUCCUUGUCUGUGGUUGGACCCUUCAACUCACCUCUCUUGAGACUGGCUAAUAGGCUCCCCUUUGUCUGCAGCUAUUCAAUCCACCCAGCUCAGAAUCAGAGUGUCAUCUUGACACUUGUAAACACAACCACUGGUCAUGACACCUCCACAAAUCCCAUUUCUGAGGCACACCACGAGAAACACUACGACUCGACGUCUUCGCCUCAGUGCCGAACAGUAUGCUCUACUUCCGGUUGCAGUUGCGAUUUGUCCAAACUCACACAGAUUGACCAAGUAGAUCACUUUUCUAUUGUGACUGGUAGUGGUGGUUCUACUGAAAUUGCCUGCUUUUGUGGAUCACUUUCGAAUAUACUUCCCAUUGUUUUCGAAUCUGACAACCCUCUCUCUUUGAUUGCUCACUAUGCGAGUGGGAAGAUGGUGCUUAAUCAUAAUAUUUCAUACCAAUUUACUUCACCAAGAAGAUACAAUAGUUUUUCCAUUUUUCCUCCAAGCGGUUGGAAAAGGUGGAGAGAAAUUUUACCAGGACAAGCAAUAAUGCCAAAAGGCUCAAAUUCGUACAAAAUUUAUGAUCUUACUUGGCCAGCAAUUAUCCCAAUUCGUAGCAAGCUCAACAUUGAUCUUUUAUCUGAAGAAAACGAACAAGAUUGCAGUACGUGGAACCUGACGGCCUGGGCUGAACAUGACAAAUUUCCUAACCGUACGUACCUGUUGACCUCCUUCUGUCCUGCUGAAGGGAGAAGAGAACUCAAAGUUCCUGAGUCCAUCAGAAAUGUAUUUAUCAAAUUACAAGGGGUAUCAAUUAGAGUACCGCAGUUUGAAAUACGGUGGAAAUACCACGACACGUCCUUAUCCGCCAGCAACCGUUUGCCAGAGAAAAUGAUGUCAGACUCAGCAAAUAAGUCCUCGAUUAUCCAACAACUUGUGUUCGGUAUAAUGAGCGUGCUGACCAAAUUCCUGCUGUGCAAACUCCUAAUUUUCAAUUAUAUUUAAAUGACUAUUUACUUGACAUACAUAAACUUAUACCCGAGCCAAAACUUUUAUAUUCAAUUGUUCUAACACUAAUAUAUACAUUUGUAAGUAUACAUAUACCAAUAUAAAUGUCUUUUUGAGAAUAUUGUAAUAAAAUUUCAGAAUAUUAAUAUAUGCAGAAAA